AUGCUCAAGCCAAGAUCCUCCCGAUAUCGGCAAGCAGAUCAAACGACAACAAGUUCAAAAAGCCUUACUACCUCCUCCGCAAGCAAGAAAUACAAAACACAAACCAGACUAAAAGCAAUCUCAAAGUCGCCACACAGAACAGAGCACCUAUACCAAAACGAGAAGACAAGCAAAACUUCCCUGGGGAAGAGGAGACGCUGCACCCGAAGACAAAGCAGGAGACAACUGGAGCAAACACCAUACCGGCGGAGCUCUGAAAACCACCACCUAUGCACCAGAAGAUCAACCGUUCACAACCUGCCACACCGAGCCGACGAACAAGGAUUAAAGGUCGAAAUAACAGCGAGGAAAGAACCCGCCACCACCGCCGCUGCUAGCACGAAACAAAGACAGAGGGAAAAUCGAAAUCCUAAUCCCGUUGGAGAAGCUGUCCUCGGCAACUCGCAGGGGAAGAAGAAUCAAUUAUCUCAGAGGAAGAGAAACCGCAGCUACAGAGCAGGAGCCAAAUCAAAGGCAAAGGAAGCACCGGAGAAACCCAAAGAGGGCAAAGAUGAGCCGCGGAAGCUUCAACCCACAGCCAGUCGCCGUCCUCACGCGAUGACCGGAGUAAGAAGACACCAAAUGCUCGCCGCAGAAUACCAGCCAAAGAACCACCGCUGCCAAAGAAGCUCGACGAGACUCUCGCCACAGAGAACAACCAAAAACCACCACCGGCCAACAGAAUUGCCGGGAUGA